GAUGAAGGAUCGAUCCAAGCAAUCCCAUAACUGUACUGCAUGUUCUUCCAUCAUCUUUUGAGCAGUGUGUUUGGUAAUCUCAAUUUCAAGAACUUCACACAGUGUCAUGAUGAACACUGUUUGAAUCAAGCAAAUUGAUUUCAAUUUCCUAUUUCUUGUUCAAGUCCGAGGAGAAAUGAGGGAUGAAGAUCCCCUGCCCAUAUCAACACCCUCGACAUUAUAUUCUUCAUCGACAUUGAUCUCUAAUAAAAAGGAAACCGUAGAUUCUAGUAUAUUUAGAAGAGGCCGGUACAAAUUCUGGGCCCUCGCCGCCAUUAUCCUCCUCGCAUUCUGGUCAAUGCUUACCGGUACCGCCACUCUCCGCCUUUCCGUCGGCAACCUGAACAGAUUAUCCGAUGAAAUUGGUGGUGGCACUCCCAUAUAUGACGAUUUCGACGUCCUUGAAAUAGAGGAGCGGGAGAAGGUGGUGAAGCAUAUGUGGGAUGUAUACACCAAUAGCCGUAGGAUCAAAUUACCUCGAUUCUGGCAGGAGGCAUUUGUGGCUGCUUACGAGGAUUUAACAAGUGAUACACCUGAAGUCAGAGAAGCUGCGAUAUCCGAGAUCGCUAAGAUGUCUUUGCACUCUAUUGAUCUUGAUCCUCCUCCUCUCCAAUCAACGGUAGUAUCAUUUGCUGCUAGGUUAGUUGAUGGAUCAUUGGCACAGUUUGUUCAUCUAUCAGAAACACUCUUGUACCCUAAUUUGAUCCUAGUGUUUCUAGUUCUUACGUGCAGAUGGUUGCAGAAUUUACAAGAAUCGAGUUUAAGGCUAGCGCAGCAGAACAAGGGCAAUCUUCAUGACGGAAGUAGGCUUAUAACUUGAAGAAAACCAAUGAUUAGAUCCAAGAAGAGUAUCACCAUUCGUCUAUACAGGUUCAUUAAAUUGAUCAUAUCGUUUUGCAGUUAGUAAAAGGUAGCGUCGAGAAGAUAUAGCACAUUUUCAUAUCUUCUUACACGACAGGUACGAACACUUUUGUAUUUAUUUAUUCAGGCG